AUGGUUUUAAAAGCCUACCCAAAAUACGAGUACCAGUACGCGGUGUCAGACAAGAAGACCGGGGACCACAAGUACCAUCACGAGGCCAGGGACGGUCACCGGGUGAAGGGUGGGUACGGCCUGGUGGAACCUGACGGCUCCGUGAGGAAGGUGGAGUAUGACGCUGAUGAUCACAAUGGUUUCCGUGCCGUUGUCAGCAAGAGCACGCACAUGCAUGGUGACAACGCCUAUUCAAUGAUGGGACAUGCCCGACAUUUUUCACAAUUCGGCAGUGGUGUGAAAAUCAAUCAUUAUUUCCCCAAGAAAGUCACCGAAACGAAUCAAGAGGCGACCACUACCGAAAAAGCUCCAGCAACUGAAGCAAUGACUGUUGUAAUGGUUAAAGAAAACAUGGAAGAUGAAACAAAUGAUAAGAAACCUGACAUGAAACCAACAGAAUCAGUGGAAGAAAGUCAAAAUAGAGAUAUGGAAAAGGAUGCAAUUAGUGAACCAGUAGUGGUAAUGCCAAUAGUCCAAGAUCUAAAGGAUGAAGCACCAGCGAUGCAAACCGCAGAACCCAUGACCGAAGCAGCUCCUACCGAUGCUGAGGGGGCAUCUUCAUUUUAUCAUUCAAGAAUGUAUUUCUUAUCUUACUAA